AUGGCUUCAAUUUCUUCGUCUUCUGUCUCGACGAUGGCGUUCUCGUCCAAGUUGCUGGCUGUGAAACCCUCGCGGAUGUCCUCUUCGAGGAUUUUGGCUGCUCCCGAAGUCUUGGAGUCCAAUGCGAACUUUGAUGCAACUGAGGGUGAGGCUCCUUCUUCUUCAACGUUGAGUGUUGCUGCAGAUUCAGAUAAGGUUGCCCCUAAGCAAAAGAUUAGGAUCAAAUUGAGAUCAUACUGGGUGCCGCUGAUAGAGGACUCAUGCAAGCAGAUAAUGGAUGCUGCAAGGACAACAAAUGCAAAGACUAUGGGUCCAGUACCAUUACCAACAAAGAAAAGAGUGUACUGUGUCCUAAAAUCUCCGCACGUGCAUAAAGAUGCCAGGUUCCAUUUUGAAAUUAGAACUCAUCAACGACUUAUCGACAUCCUUUACCCGACCGCCCAAACAAUUGACUCAUUGAUGCAACUUGACUUGCCUGCCGGUGUUGAUGUGGAGGUUAAGCUUUAGACUAGUGCUGUAACCUCUAGUUUCUUGUAGACAUGAUUGUCCUUGCAUAUGCAAGACCAAAAGUACAAAUUGGUUGUAAUUUUUUUGUGUUGUAUGAUAGUUUGAAAUGAUAAUGCAAUUUCGCUGUCAGUAUAUAAUGCUAUGCCUUCAGCAGUAAAACUAAUGCUCUUCUUCCAUCUGAUAUUGAUAAUGAAUAUAUUUAUUAUUUGUUAGUCAUUCGAAAAAAGCAAGUACAGGAAAUUGAGACACUCAACCAGAGACUCUUACUGUCUGUCUCCUUGGGGACAAUCCGCUCAAACUUUACUACAACAGGUCUUGAACUCAAAAAACUAUUAGACUGUCACUAUCUGAAAAAAGAUCAAAUGAGAGCAGACGCGGAUGAAUUCUUGCCCGUCACUGAAGCUGGGGAAUUGCAGCCGACAAUCAGGGACUCCAC